UGCCCUACAAACUUGCUGCCAAAAAUAUGGAACUAGUGAAAGACUUUUAUACGUAUCUCGUGGCCAUCACAGCGUUUACCCUACUGUACGUAACCGUGGACAGUAAAGCAUGUGACCCUGUACCCUAUGUCACACGCGACUUCUGGAACGCCCUGCCACCUAAACUGGUGGAACAUUUUGCCGGUCCGAUACCGUACGUCAUCAUACACCACUCAUACAUCCCGGCGGCGUGCUACAACGGCCUUCAGUGCAUUGCCGCAAUGCAACAGAUGCAGAAAAUGCACCAAGAAGUACGACAGUGGAACGACAUUGGGUACAGUUUUGCGGUCGGUGGUGAUGGCCGCAUCUACCAGGGGCGAGGAUUCAAUGUGAUCGGUGCCCACGCGCCAAGGUACAACAAUCGAAGCGUUGGGAUCUGCUUGAUCGGCGAUUGGGUUGCGGAUUUGCCACCGAAAAAUAUGCUCGCGGCAGCAAAAACUCUCAUCGAGUACGGCGUCCGGAAUGGGCUGAUAGCGCAGAACUACACCCUGCUCGGACAUCGACAGGUGCGUACGACCGAGUGUCCUGGUGAUCGACUAUUUGAGGAGAUUAAAACAUGGCCCCAUUUCAACCCGAUGACCGACAUCGUGGACCAGAAUAGUGUAUGAGGACGA